GGAAUAUUGGAAUGGCGUGCUGCCUACUCGGUCCCACUUUGUAUAUUGCAAUGCCUCUCCAUCUCGCAAGUGACAUAUAUAUAACCAUAACCGAGCACUUAGUUUCUCAAACACAACACUGAGAUCAAGAGAAACAUCACCACAUCCAACUCCGAAAGCAAACACCUAGCUUUCACAGCUCGUUAAACAAUGGGUAAAGGUGGUCGGAUGCCGGUAGCAGGUGGGGACACGAAGCAAGCCGAGAAGAACGAGGAUAUAUUCCGUCGAGUUCCUCAUGAAAAACCACCAUUCACUAUCGCCGACAUCAAGAAAGCCAUUCCACCUCACUGUUUCGAGCGCUCGCUAAUUCGAUCUUUCGCCUACCUGGUUUACGACUUGGCCGUUUGUUUCCUGCUCUACUACGCAGCCACAAACUACAUCAAUCUCCUCCCUAAGCCUUUGUCUUACCUUGCAUGGACUGCUUAUAUUUAUGUUCAAGGCUGUUUCAUGUUCGCCGUUUGGGUCGUGGCUCAUGAGUGCGGCCACCAUGGUUUCAGCAACUAUCAUUGGCUAAACGACACCGUUGGCUUUGUCCUCCAUUCUCUCCUCCUCGUCCCUUACUUCUCUUGGAAAAUUAGCCACCGUCGUCACCAUGCAAACACCAAUUCUCUUGACCGCGAUGAAAACCAUAUUCCUAGAUUUAAAGAAACCAUCCGUUCUUACUAUCAUAUCUUCAACAAUCCAAUUGGCCGAGUUUUCAUCAUUGCCUUCACCCUCACCUUAGGAUGGCCUUUGUACUUAAUCGUAAACAUCGCUGGACGAACAUACGAUCGACAUGCUUCCCAUUUUGACCCAUACAGUCCUAUCUACUCCGAUCGUGAGAGAGUUCAAAUCUUGUUGUCAGAUAUUGGUUUUCUUGCAGGAUGCUAUUUGGUGUACAGGGUUGCUUUAGUAAAAGGCUUCACAUGGGUGAUGCUUGUCUACGGAGCUCCUCUACAUGUUGUCAACGGAUUCUUGGUGAUGAUUACUCUCCUGCACCACACCCAUCUUUCUUUACCUCAUUAUGAUUCGUCCGAGUGGGACUGGCUGAGAGGAGCUCUGGCCACAGUCGACAGAGACUACGGGAUUCUGAACAAAGUGUUCCACCACAUAGCUGACACUCACGUGCUUCACCAUUUGAUCUCCAGCAUCCCACAUUAUCAUGCCGAGGAGGCAACUGAGGCAAUCAAGCCCGUGUUGGGGGACUACUAUCAUUACGAUCCGACUCCGUUUUACGUGGCAAUGUGGAGAGAGGCUAAGGAAUGUCUCUACGUCGAGGCAGAGGAUGGUGAUAAGGCCAAAGGUGUGUACUGGUUCAAGAACGAUCUUAAAUCAAAAUCUUCGUGAAGCAAUGAUCUGCAACUACUCCGUCACCAAGAAUUCAGUGUUAGAUGAAAAGUAUUCUUAGUACAAAAAUAAGUACGUAUGUAUAAUUUCACUUUGUGUUGUAUGGAAAAUGCAUGCACUGCUGAAUUUUUUUACCA